AUGCUCAUCACUGUCGCGCCAGCAAGCACCAAAACGGGCAGGGCUGCGAUCCGCUCGCUAUUGACCUCUCGCGAUGCCGGGGUUGAAAUUCAAGCCAUUUACCGAGAUGCGGCAAGGGCACCAGCCGAAUUCACAUCACUGCCCAAUUUCACAGCCAUCACUGGAGACAUUGCGGAUGAGUCGUCUCUGCAUUUCCAGGGCUCAGAUGUCGUGGUUGCCAUCACACCCCCGGUUUUCGACAGCGGCGAUAUAGUGGCCAUGGCGAAGGAGCGCUCCGAAAACGUCAAGAGUGCAAUUGAAAAGUCGGCAACGGUGAACAAGGUCGUCCUCUUGAGUAGCAUUGGCGCUCAGUACAGCAGCGGCGUUGGCGAAAUCAAGACAAAUAACAUUGCGGAACGGGUGUUUGCGACUACCAACGUCCCCGAGAUUAUAUUUAUCCGCUGCGCAUACUUUAUGGAGAACUGGACCGUUGCGCUGGACACGCUCCGUGGUCCAGAACCGUUCUUCUUUUCCACCGUCACGCCGCUGGAAUGGAAGAUUCCCAUGGUGGCCGUGGGAGAUGUCGGCGCCGCGAUUGCAGCUCAGGCAUUGAAGCGGGAAUCCUCGCCCAGUAGGCCGUAUGUCUUUGAGCUGCACGGCCCGAGAAUGUAUAGUCCUCUGGAUGUCCAGGUGGCGUUUUCGGAUGCCCUAAGGACACGGGUGGCCGUUAGGCCCGUGGCAAGGGGAGACUUGGUCGGGUUUUACAAGCAGGUGUUUCCGGAAGAUGUCGUUCCAGAGUGGGUAGAGAUGGCCACGAGCUUCUUGCCAGGGGGCGUGAUGAAGCCCGGUGAUGUGGAGGAGGGCACUGGUGUUGUGAAUGGAAAGACGGAGCUCGGAGACGCGGUGAAGAAUGCUGUCGAGUCGUUGCUUUGA